AUGGGAAACGAAUAGUCAAAUAAUAAGUAUAGAAGAGAUGCAAACAACUUCAACUAGCAAAAGUCUAAGAUUUAAAAUUAAGAUUUAGACAACUCAAUACUGAGUACUAGUGUUUAUUAGAGGAAAAAAUAAGCUUAGCCACAUCAGUUAAUGUUUUAACCAGUAGACAAAAAUGAAAUGAAUAUUUCAAGAAGAAAUUAAUUAGAUGUAUCUCAAUCUAGAGUAAAUAGAAAUAAAUCUUCAAAUUUGAGAAACCAAGUUUCUUUUGAAGAUGUAGAAAAUAGAAGUACCAUUAGGAGUGUAUCACCUAAUAGAUCUCAUCUUUUAGUUUAAAGCAUGAGGGAUAUAGAUAGAAGAUCUUACAGAUAAAGAAACAAGGUUCAAAGAGAAGAAAAAAUAGAUAUAGUUAGAAAAACUACAGAUUUCUGUGUUGAUGCGUUAUUGCAAAAUAUUGAUUAUGAAAACAACUCUUAUAUUAAUAGUUUACCAAAUUUAACUGCAAUGGUUUCAUCUUAAAAUUUAAAUGUUGCUGAAAAGUCAGACGAGAAUCUACUAAUUAAAAACAUUAUGAAAAAUAAAACAAAAGAAGAGUAGCAUUUAAGAUUAAAUAUGAAGCAUGAUUAUCCUUUUUCGCACGAAGAUAAAAAUAGGUUUUCAAAGCAGCACUCGUUUUUUAUAGAUGAAAAAUAUGAUAAAUUUGCUGAUAAAUAGCUAGAAUAAGCAGCUUCAUUAAUUAAUAGCAAGCCAUAUUUAAUGUAAUCUCAAUUAAAUGUAAAUGAGUCUAACCUAAUAACCUUAGAUCCAUUUAAAAAAGAUAUAACUAUAAGCGAAAUAAAAGCCCCAAACCGAUAAACAUUCAAGCCUUUAGUAGAUACUAGAUAAAAUGAAUUAUAAACAAAAAUUAAUAUUAAAGAUCUUAUAACUACAGAUUAACAAUUGAGUGCUAUUAGCUCUAGAAAAAAUGGAUAGAGUCCUUUAAAUAAUCAAAUUGCAAGUGGGAAUACCUCUCCUUUUUCUAACCUUUUCUAAAAAGCAGCAUCAACUGAAAAAUAGGAAGAAAAGCCUCAAUAAUAAUAAGAAUACAUUUAAAUAUAGAAGGUUAAUGCAGAAGUUUUAGAAGAUAAAACUUCUAAAUCGCUUUUAUUAAACACUACUUCUAAUUAUAAUUCACAAAAGUUUGAAUCACAACUAAAACCUAGCUAUGAAUACACUGAACCUGCUCCAAUAAUUAAGAAAACAAUUGAAAUUAACGAAAGGAUUAUUGAUAACACUCUACCAAAUAAUCCAAAUUAUAAUAGCCAAAUCUACAAUUAUGAUCCUUCUAAUAGAAUUCCAGCAGCACCAAAAAAUCAAUAACCAUAUUUUGAAAAUAAAUAGCCAUCUUAAGUUUAACAGACAGAUUAUUAUUAAAAUCAAUCUUAUAUAAAUAGAGUUGAUUAUAAUUCUUCAUAGAUUUUACAAGAAAAACCUUUAAGAGCAGGUAGUAAUUAAGAUUAUGAGAGAGAUUAAAACAGUAAUCUCAAAAGCAACUAAAAUAAUUUUUAUCCCACCACCCAGAAGCUGAAAAUCAAAGUUAAAAAGGUAGAAAUUCCUUAAAAUACAGAUUCAGAGAAAUACGAUACAAGUAGUGAGUCUGAAGAAGAUUAAGAGUAGUCUAAGAAUAUCAAAGGAGUGAGAUUAAGAGAAUAUGAAAAAGAAUUGAGUGAGAGAAAGAAAAAAUCUAAAAAUAACUUAAAUUCAGCAAAUUAAAGUUAUUUAAAUACUUCUCAUACAAAUAUUAACAAAACUGAAAAUUCCUUUUAUAAUAAUUAAAAUAGAAGUAACACUCCCUCAUAUAGAAAUACCAACAAUAAUAAUAAUAAUUAGACUACAAAUAAUAGUUUCAUCACUUACUAGCAAGACUUGUCCCCACAGAAUGGUUAGUACACUCCCUACCAAUAAAAAUAUUAUACAACUAAUUAGGAAUAACAAUAACCUCCAUCUCAAUUUACUACUUAUUAAAUUGAGAAUAAAAACUAUUAUUCAAAUUAAAAUAAUAUUAUAUAAGAUAAAAAUAACAAUGAAUACGAUACUGUCAAAAGAUCUCGCCUACAACCAUAACAAAAUUAUAACACUCCUUAUUAAAAUAAUCAGUAAUAAAAUUACAAUGAAAAUCCCAACUAACAGCCAUUUUACUAACCUUAAAAUUUGAACAAUUAACCUUAAAAUUACAAUAAAUAAUCUUAAAACUACAAUAACUAUACUUAAGCUCCUAGAUCACCACAUUCUUAGAUGGAAUAACCUCUAAAUUAUUCUAAUAAUCAGACAACAUAUUCACCUUAGUUCUCUUAAAACUAUCUUCCUAAUAAUAGUAAUAUUAAUUAAUUCUAAGAACAGAGAGACUACCCUUAAAAGAUGAUCCCUUUUCACUUACCAGAUCAAAGAGAAAAGGCUGUUUAACCUUAGAGUUUAACACCAAGAAAUCCAGAUAAUAUAAAUAAUUAUUAAACUUCUACAACUCCUCGCAGCCAAAGAUAACCUAUAUUUAGUAAUCAUAGUAGCAAACAAAAUAGCAUUUAAAUGAGUUAUACUUAAACCUAUCCUGAAUAUAGCAACUAACAAAAUUAACCUAAAUAGCCAAUUCUAAACAAAUAAGCUUAAAAUCCAUAAAACUUUGAAAAAAUUAUUGACAUUAAACUUAACGAAUCGAGAACUGAAAGGCGAAAUCCUACACCUUCAAACAUUAUAAAUCAAUCAUAUACUCAAAGGGAAAAUAUCAACACCCCUUCAACUAGCUAAAUUUUAAAUUAAAGCUAUACAAACAUAAACUAAAGCUAUAAAAAUUAGUACAAUAAUGAGCAUAGAAGUAUUACACCUCCUCCUAUUUAAAGAAAUGAAAACCAAACUGAAAAAAUAACCACUACAACUACAGUAUAUUAGCAUGGCUUGGAACCAAAUAGAAGCUUUAAUAAUAACUAUAAUAAUUAUGGACAAAAAGAUUACUAUUAUUAAAAAGAAAACUAAAAAGUAAAUUGCUAAACAUAACCUAUUAAUGAUAUAGCACCUUAGUAACCUUACUAAACGGAAAAACAAAGUUACUCAACCUAUAAUUAGCCUCCUACCAAAGUUUAAAAUAUAUAAAGCUCUAUUACAAAUACAAAGUAGACUUAAUAAAACAUAUCUUAUUCAAGAUAAAAUCAGCCUCAAGAGGGUGAUGGAACAAAUAUAUUUAUUGUGGACUCUCCUCCUUAAUCAUAGAAAGAAAUAGCAUUGAAGAGAAGUUUAAAUAAUUCACGUGCUUCUUCUAAAAAUAAAAAAAGAAAAAAAACUCCUGGUAGAAAGUAAAAUUAUUAGAGAAGUGAUAAUUCAAGUGAAGACCAUUCACCUAAUUCAUCAAUAUAUUAUGAAGAAAAUUAAAAUAUUUCUGAUGAUGAUUUAAGAGAUAGUUAUAGAAAUCGCUAACCUUAGGUAUAGAGAAAAAGUUAAAAGAAUACGAGCUAUAGUCAUGAACGUCAAUCACGAAAAAGCAACUAAGACAAAGUGUAGAAAAAUAGUCAAACAAGAAAUGGUUAACCAAUAUAACCUUAUAAUUAGGAGGAGUCAGAAGAAGAUUAGUAUGAUUAAAAAACUAAAAAAUCUAAAUUACCUAAGAGAGAUUAAGAAUAAAAUAGCAACAAAUCCCAUCCUUAUAGCUAGUCAAAAACUAUUCGCACUGAUAUGGAGUAAAUUUAAUAAAUAUUUUAAUCAACAUAAGAAGAAUAACCUCCAUAUGAUAAUUAUUAUGAUAGUAAAACAAAGCAACCUUAGAAUAAUAUAAAUUAGGAAAUAAAUUACAAUCAAAAUACAAAUUAAGAAAAUAGGCAAAAUCCCUAAUAUAAUCAAUCCUCUACAGCUCAGAGAUAACCAAAUAAAGAUCACUAUAAUUAAAUGACUUAUCAACCAAAGAAAAUGAUAAAUAAUAAUCAUUAACAAAAUUAUAAUUAACAAGAAAGUGAGACUGAGGAAGAUGAUCUACAAUAAUAACCCUUUCAACAAAAUAACUUUUACAAAUCUCCUAAAGGUCCAUCAAGUUAACCACAUAGAAAUCCAUAAAAUAAUUAAGAGUAUUAGCCUUAAAGCUAUCAAAAACAACCAAGAUAGGAAAAAUAAAACAAUUCGAAUAAUAAUUAGUAGUAAAAUUAAUAUAAUAGAGAAUAUGAACAAAAAUAAUAGAUAUCCAAUUCUUAACCAAAAUACCAAGAUUCCAAAAUAUAACCUAAAAAUAUUAAUAAUAAUGGAUCAUUAAGGAAUAAUUAGAAUUAUAGUAAUACAUAUCGCAACGAAACUGACUCAGAAACCGAUUCUGGAUACCCUCACUAAGAAAUUGAUAAGCAUGUGUAUCCUGGAAAUAAAUCAAAUAGUCAAUCGAUAAUAAAAAAAGACAAUAAAAAUAAUUCUCGAAUUCUUCCUCAUAAUAUAAAUGAUAGUCAUUUAAGUUAAAAUAAUAACUUUUAACAAGAGGAUUAUAACGUAGUAUACGAAACUCAUCCUUUGCAAAAGCAGUAAUCAGAAGUUACUUUAAACAAAAAUUACUAUCAAUAAAAUUAGAAGUAAAAUACAAGAUAAUAAAAUCCUCAUUAAAAUAAUGAUCAUACAAAUAGUUAACAGCCUAAUUAUAAUAAUGGUAGUAACAUUUAAUAAAAUUUUAGCAACUAUCCAUAAAAUUAACAGUAUUAAAAUUAUUAAUAAGAUUAAUAUGAAAAAAAUUAGUUGUCAAAGGUUAAGUCAGAAAGUAAUUUUUUGAGAAACGAUAAUUUGUAAAAUAUGUCAAAUCCAAAGUAAAUUAAUUAAAAUUCUAAUUUACCAAAAGUAUUAUUAAAUAGCAAAGUUAAGGUUAAACUGCCAUAAAAUCAAAAUGGUACGAUACCAUAACUCAAUCAAAGUUAAGGAAAAUAAAUGUAAUAAAAUGGAUAAUAGUAUUAACAUCAAAAUCCUAAUUAGUAGUAAUAUGCAAGAAAACCAUAAAACCAUAAUAUAAAUGAUGAUAGAUAUGUAUAAGACAACUAUAACGAAGAAUAAGAAGAAGAUGACAAUUAAGUUCUUAGAAUGACUUUGGAUUUAAGUAACUAAAAUCAUGCAAACAACAGAGCUUCUAAUACUCUUGAUUUAAACGAUAAUGAAUAUGAAGAGCCUGUGAAAGUUUAAUUAACUCUAGAAGAAAUUAUGAAGAGAGAUGAUAGUGGAUUUUUUGAAAACUAAGAUGAUUUGCUGAACUCUGAUACUUCUUCGUAGCAAGCAAAUUAUAUUAAUGCCUUAAAUUAAAAUUUGCAAUAUCAAAAUAAAUAUAUUUUAUGA